CACGCUGCCCGGUUGCGCGUCGUGAGCUCGUGAUGCCGCCGUGAACGCGGUAACCCGUCUCAAAAGCGCCCCACGCGAUCCUUACUCGCCGAAAAUAGUAUUAUUUUCUUUUAAAAAAAAUAAUAGGUAAUAUAUUCGUACCAUACCAAUUCUAAGAACUGUACCAUAUCAAAAAAUGCAGUGUACCUACUUGUAUACAUAUCUUGGAUAUAUUUUUGAUGAUUAAUACUUUGAGCUUAUAGACGUGUCGUGGUUGUGAUAAAAAUAUGUUUCAAAAAGUGCUUUGAAUACCGUUCGAGUGAAUUCAAAAGGGAACGCGACUUGACUGAUUCCGAAUUUGAAUUGAAACAAUUGAAAGCGCCGCGAGUGAAUUUCAAUUCGACAGACUGAAAUUGAUAUCAACAAAGUGGAUUUGUCAUCUUCAAAGUGAAUUUGGAUUCGAAUAAGUGAAUUUGAAGCGGUUAGUGUUGUGACUGGAGAUAGCGUGCCUAUGAUGUGAUGAUGCGUCGGGGGAAAGCGUUGUUGGAGGGGAGCCGGCAGGGUUCUGUGGAUGGAAACAGCAAUGUUGCUGAUAAGGAACUGGUGCACAAGUGCCACAGUGACCCCGGCGGAGGAAGGGCGCUGGGGGCAGCACCCAGAACCCAUAGACAUCGAUCCGCGUCGGGCGCGGCAAGGAAAUGCGUACUCACACUAGAUGGAUACUCCUAUGUUAUUGUGGCGAGUCCUCCGGGCGGCGCGGGGUCGCAGGAGCCUCCGCGCCCGCCGCCGCCGCCCGUGCCGCGCAACGGCACCCCUCCCAAACAAGGCGCGCUGACGAUAGUGCGGCGGUCGUCAAGCCGCAGCAAAGCAGAGAGCUGCUCAACCCCCACGGACGAGCAGCUCGAUCAGCUCGACCUUGACACCGAACACUUGCCCGCCGUCGAUACCCCCGACGCGUGCGAUAAGGCCGCACUUAGAUUACGCUAUCUCCUUAGACAAUUGAAUAGAGGUGAAAUAUCCGCAGAGACUUUACAAAAGAACCUACAAUAUGCCGCUAAGGUGCUGGAAGCCGUAUAUAUAGACGAAACCAAACCGGCAGUGGCGCGCCAGCAGUCGGCUCCGACCCUCGUGUUUAGGCGACUGGCGGACGAAGAUGACGAGUUAUCGGAAGUGCAACCUGAUGCGGUGCCGCCAGAGGUCCGCGAGUGGUUGGCGUCAACCUUCACCAGACAGCUGGCGACGGCGAAGAGAAAGUCAGAUGAGAAGCCCAAGUUCCGGUCGGUUGCGCACGCGAUCCGAGCAGGCAUCUUCGUGGACAGGAUCUACAGGCGGGUCACCAGCACUGCGCUCAUGCAAUUCCCGCAAGAUGUCGUUAGAGUUCUUAAGACAUUGGAUGAGUGGUCGUUCGACGUGUUCGCGCUGCACGAGGCCGCGAACGGCGCGCCCGUCAAGUACCUCGGAUACGAACUACUCAAUAGAUACGGCAUGAUACACAAGUUUAAGGUCCCAUCGACGAUACUGGAGAACUUUCUCAGUCGGAUAGAGGAGGGGUACUGCAAGUUCCACAACCCGUACCACAACAACCUGCAUGCCGCGGAUGUGGCUCAGACGGUGCACUAUAUGCUUUGUCAGACUGGCCUCAUGAACUGGUUGUCGGACUUGGAGAUCUUCGCGACGCUGGUGGCAGCGGUGGUGCACGACUUCGAGCACACUGGUACCACAAAUAACUUCCACGUCAUGUCUGGCUCUGACACCGCGCUGCUCUAUAACGACAGGGCUGUGCUGGAGAACCAUCAUAUAAGUGCUGCUUUCAGGCUAAUGCGCGACGAGGAAUGCAACAUCCUGCAGAAUCUCUCCCGGGACGAGUUCCGUGAAUUCCGCACGCUGGUGAUCGACAUGGUACUGGCCACGGACAUGUCGUUCCACUUCCAGCAGCUCAAGAACAUGCGCUCGCUGCUCAGCCUGGCGGAACCCACGGUCGACAAGUCCAAGGCAGCCUCCUUGGUGCUGCAUUGCUGUGAUAUCUCCCAUCCUGCUAAGAGAUGGGACCUGCACCACCGAUGGACGAUGAGUCUCCUUGACGAGUUCUUCCUGCAAGGCGACAAAGAGCGAGACCUGGGGCUCCCGUUCAGUCCCCUCUGUGACCGGAACAACACACUAGUAGCGGAAUCCCAGAUCGGGUUCAUAGAGUUCAUCGUAGAACCCAGCAUGGGGGUCUGUGCUGAUAUGCUGGAGUGCAUCCUAGGUCCACUGCAUUCGAGCUCAAAGUCCACAACAGCGAGCAACCAAGAACCUAUUAAUGAAGAGACCACCGGAAACGAGGGCAACAACAAAUUCAAGAUCAGGAAGCCAUGGAUAGCAUGCCUCAGCGACAAUAAGAAGAUAUGGAAGGAACAAGCCGCGAAAGACGCGGAAGCACGAGCCAAGCAGGAGCAAGAACAGCAGGAAGAGAGUGCGCCGCAGACAGAGGAAUAAUAUUUAGCCACAUUUGUAAAUAGCGUUAGGAAUAGCUGUUACAACGUGAUCCACUCACUGUUGAACAAGAGCUAAUUCUGUUGUUGUACCGUGAGGCGGCAGGUGAAGGGAGAUGGAGAAAAAAGAAAAAAAACGAAUACACGUAAAAGAAUGUAGGUACAAAAGUUUCAAAUAUCUCUUCUACUAUAAUUGAUCUUUGUCAGAGCUCCGAAAUUGAUGAAAAUGUGCAACUUUUGAUUUUUAUGACUUGUGUUAGGGUCUUAGGUAUUUUUAAGACUAAGUACUUCAGUACUACACAGGUAGUUACCUACUUUUAAAUAAACGAAGAUAGUAUCGAUCUUUACCAAGCCGCAAUUUCCACUAAAUGGACUAAAUGUCUACCUAACAGAUAGUUUAUAAAAUGUGUUAGGUAUAAAAAAAGUUUCACAAUAAAUACUUCUAUCAUCACAUCUACUACAGGUAGGUUUUUAGGUGAGGAUGAAUGAAAUGAUGACUGUUUCUUAUAUUCCAAUGAUUAUUAAUAAGUAGACUAAAUAAUCUACCCUAUGUUGAAACUCAAAUAUUUCAAAAUAUUUUAGAAUUGGGUAGUUUCCAAGGUCAAAAAUAAAUUACGAAAUUCUGAUUACUAAGUAAAGACAGAUUUCAUGUAAAGGUGACAAAAAACGUUUUCUUUUUCCAUUUAAUUUAUUCAUGAAUUAUAAUAAAGGAAGAUGUAAUAAAAAGUACAUUUUGUCACGUGUU